AUGGCCUCCUCAAACAUCGUCCAAGGAAAAUGGAACCCUACCCAAGAAGAGCAAGAUCAUGAAGAGGAGGAGCAAGAUCAAUAUCAAGAAGAAGAAGAAGAAGAAGAAGCAUUGUCACUUUCAGAUCUUCCAAUCAACCUCAACGACCGACCGACAAACCAAGAACAACACUCUUGUGCCAACAAACCAACGCAAGAGGAAUUCAAUUUUCGCUCCUGGGGUGGUCCCUUUUCCAAACAGCCCGAAAUGUGUGUGGCGGAUGAAGUUUUCUUCAAAGGCCAAAUCCUCCCAUUGCGUGUCUCGUUCAGCUCUGAGGCUGGCUUAUUGGCCACACUGUCUCAAUCUCAACCACAUUAUGGUAAGCAAUUUAUCAACGAAUCCUUGGAUUUUCCAAGUAAUAGUAGCAGUAGAAGCAGUAGUCUUAGAAGCCAAAACUCUUCAACCAGCACCACUAGCUCCACCACCACCUCUACGAAAACAGUUAGUACAGUACCUCUUAGAACAAAACCCAGAAUUCGAAACCAGUUUCACAUGCACCCAAGUCCAAAACCUCAGUUAAGAGCGCCCAACCCAGCACAAUUAUCAAGCUUGGGUAACCCAGGUAGAAAAUCAACGUCAGCAUGGCGAAUUUUCCGUUUGGGUGUGGUCCCUGCUCCCGAGAUAGGAUUACAAGACCUCAAGGUUCGCAACAGAUCAAACUGUGUCAGUCGUAACAGUAGUAGCAACAGCAGCAGCAGCAACAACAGUGCGAAUGGUGUGAAAACGAGUAACAGGAACAAGGGCAAUGAUAGUAUUUUGAAACAGUUAGUUGGCAAAGGCGGUGGUCUAUUGAGUGGCUGUGAUUGCUCUUUAGAAACAGUGCGAUCGAACAAGGUCAUGAUAAAAGGUGGUAACGGUGAUGGUAAAAGUGGCAGCAAUACAGAAAGUACAAGGCACGCCGCGAAAGAAAAAGUGAUGGAGUUGAAGAAGCAGAAGCAUAAGCAAAAGCAGGGAAAGAAGGUUACGUCACGUCGCCGAACGUUUGAAUGGCUAAAGGAACUUCAUGUAACCCACCCUGAUGAUGAUGAUGAUGAUGAUGAAGAGGCUUUGUUAUCAAACGCAUGA